AUGGCAGACGUCGACAUGCCCGACGUUGGUCCCCCAACCGACCACAUUGAGACCUCUACCCCCGAAGAGACGCUCAAGUUACUCUACGAUCUUGACGCACUGACACAGAUUCCAGAAGGGGAGUUCACCAAGGACAUUCCCCCACCGCCGAUAGGAGAGUUUACCAAGCCAGCUAGUAAGUCCACACCGACGCAAGAUGGGCAGCCUGGACCUUCGUCGGUACCGGGCGGCUCAGGAAACCAGGUUGAUGAGGAGGAGGAGGAGGAGGAGGAGGAGGAGGAGGAGGAGGAGGAGGAGGAGGAGGAGGAGGAGGAGGAGGAGGAGGAGGAGGAGAGCGACGACGAAUACGACGAGCGUCCUCCGCGUAGCACGAAUCCGCGCACCUUGGAAGAACGCCUCCGGCGGGAACUUGAAUACAUAGAUGACAUGCUAGAACAGGACGAGGACGAGGACGAGCAGAACAUGGCGUUCCGCCAGAUCAUGAUGAAGGUGCUGCCGACAUGGGCGGCGUCGGCGUGGAACCCGCGGGCAACCGCUCCUUCGCAGACGCUGUGGCGAUUUCUGCUCACCAAGGCGCUCACGCUACUCUCCCACCACACUCUCCUGCGAGGCGCCAGCAUCCGCGAGAUCACGCUCCCCGACAUCUUCUUGUACCGACUGGCUAGCACCUCGUCGGUGAACCCGGAGAACCAGCCGGUCGUCAUGGUGAUCGCCGCGCGGAACUCGAAGACUUCCAGGGAUGCCCGUCUUCAGCAGAGCUACGCGGCGCGACACCUGGAAGCGGAGUUGUGCGCCGUCGGCGAGACCGGCCUAUGGUUGCACUUCAUCCUCGACCAGAUCGCUCGCGCCGGAGGUGCGCAGGAGCUAGCCAUUGAAGGGACGCCUCGCGCCGAGAUCGCCGAGCUGGGUCACUGGGCACUCGACAAGAUGACGCGUGCUUACAUCACAGCCAUUCCCGUUGGGGUGGUGAUGAAGAAGGCCGGCUACUCGGGUUGCAAGCAAGACUACUUCUUGGGUCGCAGCAGGGUCGAGCCCUCCAACAAACUAUUGGACAUCAUCGCCGAGCACAUCUUCCCCGGCGUGGAUGCUCUGCUGCGCGAUGCGGAAACGCGAGCUGCCAAAGGGAGCGACGCCGACAAAGCCGCCGUGCACUUCUGGCGUACCCUCCAGAUGAUGCGCCGCAUCGUCGCCGAGGACCUCGCGGUGAAGCUCGUCCGCACCCCUUGGCACCCGUACGUCCAAGGUUCGAAGCUCUGCCGGUUCGCCCUCUUUCAGCACUGGGCGAAAAGGGUCGAGAAGAUCGACACCGAAACGAUCAACAAACGCCGGGACCCAACCCUCAUUCAGGCAGAGGAAAUCUCCGUUUGCUUGGACACCGAAUACCAUAACAUGUCCCUCAAGGAGACGCUGAAGUACGAGAGGGAGCGCGCCGCGGUCGAGAAGAUCGACCUUCAGGAUGAACUCGAGAAGCGCGACGAUACCAUCGCGACGCUGACCGCCGAGAUAACCCGUCUCACCGAGGCACUCCGUGUGUCAGACGCACGGAGGAUGCCGGAGACGCCGCCGUCGGGGAACGAGCAGACGCCGAGCGAGAGUGGCUCCGCGGAUUCGGCCAGUCCGGGGGCCAGAAACAAGAAACGGUACGAGAAACCCCCACAGACGCUCGACGAGGCUCGUUACGAGCUCAACGUGGUGCAACCUUGGCGGGAGUCAAAGACCGUGAGGGACGCUUGGCGCCUCUGGAACUCCGCCACCGCCGAUGACACCCGCCGUCUUUGCGAUAGGGUCGCCGAGCCGGGAUUCGUCGACCGCCACACCCUCCUCAAAGGCGCGACGCAGGGUGCACACGACAUGAAGGUGCGCCGCAUGCUGAAGGCCAUGGAUGCGGUGCGCCUUCUUCGCUCGAGCGACGGCGAUGCCGACACCGAAGCCGUCAUCGCUGCCCUGAACAAGAUCGCGGCGCCGGGCAUCGGGACCUUCUGCGAUGCCCUCACGGUGCUCAAACCGGGAACCGCACCGACGAAGUCCAAGGAGCCCGGCAUGGGCGUCCAGGGGCUGGGCCCCAAGUCGGUCUCGAAGCUACGUCUCGCCUGUGCGCUGGUGGCGGUCAACUUGAAGCCGACCGCUUGGGUCGCCGUCCUGUUUCCAGACACCUGGGAGGAGCAGAAGCCGAAGACCGUGGCGGACAUGGCCAAGCAGACCGCACCUGUGCUGCGUCCUCCGACGAAGCGCAAGAAGGCGGCAUGA